UUGGACUGUUUGCAGAUAUCGAGCUGAGCCGCAAUGAAGCCAUCGCAGCGCUGUUGGUUUGGAAGAGUUGAUGAAACUAAAUCCAGAAGAGUUGCUGCUGCGUUGGGCCAAUUUCCACCUGAAGAAAGUUGGCAUCACCCUGACAAACUUUUCGGGGGAUAUUAAGGACUCCAAGGCGUAUUUCCACCUGCUGGAGCAGAUUGCACCAGACGGCAGCAAUGAGGACGUUCCGAGAAUUGAUAUUGACAUGGCUGGACUUUAUGAGAAAGAUCUUGCAAAAAGAGCAGAGCGCAUGCUGGAACAAGCUGACUCCCUUGGCUGUCGACAGUUUGUGACGGCGACCGAUGUGGUGUCUGGAAAUGCAAAGCUCAACAUGGCCUUCGUGGCCACGCUUUUCAACAAACACCCGGCUCUCACCAAACCCGAGAACCAAGAAGGGAAUGUGAUGAGUGAGACUAGAGAGGAAAGAACUUUCAGGAACUGGAUGAAUUCUCUUGGAGUGAGUCCACAUGUUCACCACAUCUACGGAGAUCUGCAGGACGCCAUGGUCAUCCUUCAAUUGUAUGAAAAAAUUAAGGUACCAGUGGACUGGGAUAAUAGAGUCAACAUGCAUCCGUUCAGGGCAGUAGGGGGAGGACAGAUGAAAAUUCAGGAACUG